AUGAUAACGGAAAGUUCGGAGAACCACACAUCCGGCAAGUUCAGUAAAAAUGAACUUCGCAGGCGCAGUCGCACGUACCUUCACCGGCAGUGUCGCAUUAUCAUUCGUAACCUAUCGUACAAAAUCACGGAAAACAUGCUGCGCAGUGAAUUCGAAAGGUUUGGCAAUCUCGAGGAAGUUAAUAUUCUUAAGCGGGAGGAUGGAAAGCUGGUUGGCUGUGCGUUCCUGCAAUUUUCCCAGCGAGAAGAGUCUGACCGGGCCAUUCAGGAGAUGGAUAGUCACAUUUUCAUGGGAAGGAAGAUAGAGGUGCAUUAUGCUAAAGAUAAAGCGGACUAUUCCAGGAUAAAAAAAGAGAAAAUCAAAGAGGAAGAUGCCGUUAAAAUUGAAGACGAUGAUGGUGUUCAAAUUAAGGAGGAAGAGGAUGAUGAUGAUGAUGAUGAAGAUGACGAGGACGAGGACGACUACACUGAUGACGAUGAUGAGAACGAGGACGAUGACAUCGAUGAGGAUGUGGAUGAAAAACCUCCGAAAGGGUUAAAAUCCUCCAUUAAAAAAGAGAAACGGCACAACGAGGUUGAGGAAGAACGAGAAGUGUUUGUGAAGAAUCUACCCUACGAGGUGGAUGCAAGCGAAUUGAUGGAGAUAAUGUCUCAGUUUGGCAAAGUGGAGAAAGCUCUAAUCAACAAGGAGCGCAUAUCGGGACACUCGAAAGGAACUGCGUUUGUAAUAUUCAGGCGGAAAGACUCGGCUGAAAUCAGCUGCCGUCAAAGCCUCAAGCUGAGAGUGCACGAUCAGUACAUCGAAAUUAUGCCAGCGCUGCGCAAGGCCGACAUCAUGAAUCGUGAGAAGGUAAAGCAAGCGAAAGAUUCACGAAAUCUGUACCUACUCAAGGAAGGAUUGAUCAUGGCUGGUUCGCCCGCAGCAAAGGACGUAUCAAAGGGAGACAUGGCACAAAGAUUGCGCUUAGAACAGCGCAGUAACGAGAUGCUAAAAAACUUUAAUCGUUUUGUCUCGCGGGAACGGCUAACCAUACACAACCUCCCACAGAGCUACACAAAUGAGGAGCUGCGAAAAAUGAUCAUCAAAAACACGUCGUGCAAACCAAAGGAAUGUCGUGUGAUGCAAGAGAAUCGUCAAUCGUUCGGUAAUGCAAUGAGCAAAUCACGUGGGUAUGGCUUUGUUUCGUUUGCAAAGCACGAAAUAGCACUGGAAGUGCUACGAAAGCUCAACAACAAUCCGGCCAUUUUCGGAAAGAACAGUAGACCCAUCGUUUCGUUCAGUAUCGAAGAUCGUAUCGUUUACAACAUUAGACAGAAGCGGUUGGAAAAAUCAAGGCUGAAUAAUCCUACCUACCAGAAGAAAAUGGAAGAGCUGAAAGCGAAACGGUUGCAAAAAGCGCAAUCCCGAAAGGAAACGCGGCGCAACACGCUGGAACAGUUGGCUGUGGCCCCGGUUACAUUGUUGCAAAAGCUUAAUGCUAAGUCGAGGGCCGUUGACUUGGCACAGAAAAAGAAACAACGCAAACGUGACGUUGAAGAGACACCGUUCGCGGGAGAGUUAGCGCAGGAGGGCAAGAAGGGCAUCCGAUCGACCCGUAAGAUAUCCAUCCAGGCCAAAACACACUUGAAGCGUAUUAAUCAGGAGCGCAAGGAAGAGAAAAAGAAGCGCACCAAGCAGGAACACGCGCGGAAUCGGAAGGCCAAGGAGGGUGUGAAAAAGGUGAAACCGAAGAUGAACAUUAGCGAGUUGAAAAAAGAAGAUGCGUUCUUCAAAGAGGCCAUCGGAAAGUACAAAAACAUGAUCAGCCAAGUAAACAAAAAAUCGGUACGAAGCAAAUGGUACAGCGAAUAG